CCGGUUGACCCCUGACCCUCGCCGGCGCCGUCACGUGAUUCCGUUUAAAUAUCUGCGAAGAUGGCGGAGGCGGGCGGGCGACGGGAUCGUGCGGCCGACAACUACGACCUGGAUCUCGGCCAGCUCGCCAAAAAGUCCCGCCUGGACGGUGGAGACGCCACGGUCGCCGCCGCCGCCGCCUCCGCCUCCGCUGAAGAGCCGCCGGAGGAAGGACUGGGGUGGAUAGCGGCGGACGACGAGCGCCAGGCCUCCGGGUCGGCUCCGGGAAACAAUGAUCCCCGGAGCGAGGGCCCCGAGAGCGGCUCCUCGCCCUCUGCUGCCAGAGAUGGUGUAUCUGUGUAUGCAGGAAAUGCUGCUCCUGAGGAAGUUAUUCCAAAUGGGAUUCGCUCGUGGGAAAGUGAUGAAGAUGACAAAACCUCUCACGCCAGCUCAAGUGACUGGACCCCUCAUGCUCGGAUAGGUCCAUAUAGUUUUGUCCAGCAACAUCUUAUGUUGGGUACAGACCCACGGUCUAUCCUGAAGGAUCUAUUGCGAGGGAACAGUCCUCCAUCAGAUCUGGACGACAUGACACUCUGGCAGAUUGUUCUCAAUGUUUUGUCAGAGCCACCAAAGCGGAAAAAGCGCAAAGAUAUUAACUCCUUGGAGGAUGUGGUGAGAAUCUUGAAAGAAAGCAAGAAAAUCAUGGUCCUCACUGGAGCUGGGGUUUCUGUUUCAUGUGGAAUACCAGACUUCAGAUCAAGAGAUGGGAUUUAUGCUAGAUUGGCAGUUGACUUUCCAGACCUACCAGAUCCUCACGCCAUGUUUGACAUUGAGUACUUCAGAAAAGACCCCAGACCAUUUUUUAAGUUUGCCAAGGAGAUUUAUCCUGGUCAAUUCCAGCCAUCACUUUGUCACAAAUUUAUUGCCUUGCUGGAUAAACAGGAGAAACUACUUCGGAAUUACACCCAGAACAUAGAUACCCUGGAACAAGUUGCUGGCAUUCGUAGGAUUGUUGAGUGCCAUGGUUCAUUUGCAAUGGCCUCUUGUCUGAUGUGCAAAUACAAGGUUGAUUGUGAAGCAAUUAGAGAAGAAGUAUUCAAUCAGGUUGUUCCCCGCUGUCCAAAGUGCCCUCCUGAAAUUCCUCUUGCCAUUAUGAAGCCAGAUAUUGUGUUUUUUGGUGAAAACCUACCCGAGCAAUUUCACAGGAGUAUGAAGUACGACAAGGAUGAGGUCGACCUUCUAAUUGUAAUUGGAUCUUCACUAAAAGUCCGGCCAGUGGCCCUCAUACCAAGUUCUAUACCCCAUCAUGUGCCUCAGGUGCUAAUUAAUAGGGAGCCUUUGAAUCAUCUUAACUUUGAUGUUGAGCUUUUGGGUGAUUGUGAUGUUGUCAUUAAUGAGCUGUUUCAUCGUUUGGGUGGCGAAUUUGAAGACCUUUGUGGUAAUCCAGUUAAACUGACAGAAAUCACAGAAAAACCCCCACGAUUGCAAAAAGAUUUAAAGCAUCAGCAGUUGGAUAUCCCUCCUACUCCUCCAGUUUUAACUGAAGAUUCUAGUUCAUACGAGCAAGAAGUAGAGAACUGCAAGUUGGCAGCAAGUAAAGAUUCUGCAGCUACAAGUUAUGAACCUUCUGUGGAAUCUACUACAAGUUGUACUAAGGAAAAUUCAGAGGAACCUGAGCCAGAAACUAUACAGAAGAAGGAAAGUACAUCUCCUGUGGCAGAAAGCACAGGGGAUCGUGGCACAGAUGCAAAUAUUACUCAUCCCAUUGAGGAAAGUUGCCCAGAUAAUGAACAUCAUGUUCCAAGUGACAUAAGAUAUGCUAAAGAAACUUUCAAAAAAGGCUGGAGCAGUAAAUUUCCAAAAGAACAAAUCAGUAGGCGAUUGUCUGAUUCCCAAUACCUAUUCUUGGCACCCAAUCGUUACAUUUUCCAUGGUGCUGAAGUCUACUCAGACUCUGAAGGAGAUGAGGGUUCAUCUUCUGGCAACAGUGUUAGUGACAAUGAGUCCUGUAGCAGCAGAAGUAUUGGCGACGGGGAAGAGGAGAGUGACAUUGAGGAAUUUUAUAAUGGCAUAGAGGAGGAAGCUUAUGAUGCUGAUGGGGUGUACUUUGGGGGUGAGAGUGAGCAUUUUGGAAGUGAAGUGUUGACUGAAAACUCCAUGCAAGGUGAAUGUGAAGAUGAUAAUUUGUUGGAAUAAGAGGCUCAUUUGCAUGAUACUAUUAUAUUAAGUUAUCCACCAGCAUUAGCCUAUCUUUAGGACACUUUUUAUAGUCUGUGAGCUGUCCUGGACAUUGGCUGUAAUGAUCAUGCACAACCUCAGUCUGAAACUUCUAGUUCAGCCUGUUUUGUACAGCGAGAACACUAGGCCUCCAAUAAGUACUUUUCUCUAAAUCGGGUACUUUUACCAAAUAAAAAUUCUGCAUAUUAAGUCAACCAUUGAACACACUUGAGUUCAUUGAAGUUGCAUUUACUAUAAGCUUUUUUUUAACGAGCAGAUCAGAGAAUCUCUUCUCUGUCAAAAUGGUUGAUUUGUUUACUAUUUUAAUGUCUACCUACGUUGAGUUGUACAGCUAUUUAAAUACAGUUCCUCCAGCUAAAAUGAAUGUCCUGUACAUACUUUGUGUGUGCUAUUCAAAAGCCAUUUAAUUGCUGGAAAGGGUGAAAAGGGAACAGGUAAAAAGACCAAAGAGCAAUGGGAGAUCUCAAUGACUAGAGCUGCAACGGAAGUUUAAAUCGUCUGUGGCAGAUUUUAUUUUGGAAUGGUGGGUAAUUUGUUUAAGCAUUUUGCAUAUUUUCCUUCCAGUUUGUAUUUUCUCUCAUAAACACUGUCUGUAAUAUUUUCUAUGAUAUGAGCUGGCAGCUAAUUUGUACACCAAGGUUACUAUUUUUCAUGAAGCUUAAGCUGUAUAUUAGAACCCAAUGGGGCUAUUCUAAUUGUGAAAAUAACUUUUUAACAAGGUAUAGCUCUAGUAGUUAUUUGCUGCCUUAUAUAGCGAUUGGUAGGGUUUCCUUGCGGAACUUGGGUCCAGUUUUGGUACAUAUCAGAUUUAUGUUCCUUACAUUUUGUUUUUAUAGAAAUAUGUAAAAAAUUUAUGUUUUAAAAAAUAAGACGAAUGUUUGGACACCAUUGCAGGAUUAAAUAAGUAAUGCUAUAGAAUAUUUAGCUCUAAACUGAAAAUGCAGGGCACACUCAAUAGCUUAAGCAGCUUUUGUCUAAAAAGAUAGGUUUAAUAUUUCGGGUCAAAGACCCUUUGUCAGCACCGUGAGAAAUAAACUUUUUAUGUUGUAGGAUAAUGGAUAGAUCAAAAGGGUUAAUUGGUAGGGUGAUGUGAGGACUGCCAUGUUAAUGAGGCUGAUUAGAGGGAUAACACAAAUAAUAUUUUCCCAAGCUCUGACCUACAUUUAACACCUUUUACAUAUUGCAUUGUUUUCUCUCUCGAACCACUCUCGUUAACCAAACUGUUGAAUGGCGUCUUCAGGUAACUGGCCCUAUUAGAGAUGUUCCAUUUGACCUAUUCAUCUUUCCACCCCUUCUACUACGUUAAAACUAACUAAAUUCCUUUCUUUGAGUUCUGAUGAAGGACUUGAAACAUUAACACUCCUUUGCUUUCCACAGAUACCUGCUGAGCUCCUGCGUGUCUCCAGCAUUUUCUAUUUUUAUUUGAUUUUCAGCAUCUUUUUUUAAAUUCUGAUUUUUAUUCAGCAUUGAGCUCCAGUUCCUUUUUAUGUGCCCACAUUUGAAGUUCCCAUUGUAUUGGAAAUCUAAAUUAUUUAUUUUAAAUGUUUAAUGUAUUGUUGCUUGCAUGCCAAUUAAAAAAAUUUGAGCUGCCAAAUCCAAGUUGCACGAUUUCACAUACGUAUCAGUUUUAUUUUUUAAAAUAAACCUUUGUAAAAUUUUAUUCGAAAAUAAGUGAGACUGACUACAUGCAGAACAAAUAGGAAAACUACAGUAAGUUUACUGGCAUAUUGGUCUAGUCUGAAUUAAAUGUGACCAUUCAAAGCACCUUUAUGAAUUUGAUUUGGACAAAGUUACCUUUUCCAUUAACAACUAGUUUGCACGAUCUGCAAUUUUUUGCUAUAUCUUAUUUUUGUUCCUGUAUAAAUCGCCCUGUUAUUGUGAUAACAACACUUCAAUUUCGACACGUAACCCUGUCUUUGAAAUAUGCAAGGAUCGAUCCUGUAUUUGAGUAUCCAGAACAGUUUGUUCUGCUCCUGUGAAAUGAUAGAAAAUGUCUGAUCAGUUUACUGUGUAAUAGUGUUAUCCAGCAUUGUUAUAUUAACAUUUCUUGCAUCGAUAUUGAAAUUGGGAACCGUACAAAAUAUCAGAGAUAAAUUGCAUAUGCCUAGAUUAAUAGCGUCUCAAAUUUUGAGCCCUACCUUUGUGGCCUUGAUGUUUGUGACUUGACUUUUAAAUUCAAAGAUGUUCAUCUUCCCAAAUAUGCUUUCUAAAAUCUUCUAUGAUGUGGUCAACUAAAUACAGUGUAUUGAAUAUAGGUUAAAUCUACUAUAUAGGUAUUAUUUUCUUGUAUGGUGUUCAAAUUAUUUCUGUCUGUUGUAUAUAUUGAACCAUUAAUGUAAUCAAAUGUUUUAUAAAGAACAGUUAUUAAAAGGUGACUUGUUUUCUGAUAUAAAUUUCAUAUCUGCAGUUUUUAGUCAGACUUUUUAAUUUAUACUUUUAACAUCUUACAAUUUGAAUUUGCAAGCUUUUACAGAAAAGAUGUUUUUUGCAAUUAUUGUUGGAACAUUGUGAUUCAAGGAAAUGUUCUGUUAAUUUAAACUGAGUUGCCUGAAAUUGUGAUUUCUUCCUGUUCCAUGUACCGCAGUCUCUGUUCUAUUUGCUUUUAAAGUGAAAAUGUGUUUGAAUGGAUAAUAUAUUGCAAUAAAUCUUCUUGGUUAAAUUA